UACACACACACCAACACACAUAUAGCAUCUAUACAAUGGGUCCUGAACCUAUACGACUCAGUAAUCUUGAUAACACAAAUGUCGAGACGGGAACGUCAUCGAAUAAUGAACAGACAACGUCACACAGCAACGCAGUGGAAACAUACGAGCCACGGGAGCGGAUGAUCAUUACGAAAAAUGUGGUCAUCAUUGGCAUUGCGUUUAUGAUUCAUUUCACGGCAUUUCAUGGCACCUCCAAUUUGCAGAGUUCAGUCAAUGCAGAUAAAGCACUUGGCACAACGACAUUAGCAGUUAUUUAUGGUUCCUUGAUAUUGUCGAAUAUAUUUCUGCCAAUGACCGUGAUAAGAUGGUUCGGCUGCCGUGUGACAAUGGCGCUCGCAUUUGUCGUCUACAUGCCCUACAUAGCAGCGCAAUUCCAUCCACGUUUCGAAACAUUGAUACCCGCCGGCUUGAUGGUGGGCUUCGGUGGUGGUCCAUUAUGGUGUUCGAAAUGUACAUAUCUCUCCACAGUAUCGGAGGCAUUGACCAAAGUACGUGGUCGUUUCUCGCUGAAGGAUGUCAACACCGUCAAACUGUUUGGUCUCUUCUUCAUAUUCUAUCAAAUGGCACAGGUGUGGGGUAACUUAAUCUCAUCAUCAGUGUUAUCCUUUUCCAGCUCCGAUGACAGUCACACAGGUGUGAACAUUUCCUCGAUAGCUAAUAUAUCACUGGCGCCUUUUGAGGAAGCACAGCAAGAUCGGGUCACGGAGUUGUGCGGUGCCCGUUUUUGUCCUGGAGUCAGCGCUGAAGUAAUACCAAACUUGAGUCCACCCGAUCCUGCCAAAAUACAGUUGCUCACCUCCAUUUUUCUUGUCUGUAUGGUCGUCGCAGUAUUGCUGAUGUUCUUCGCUGUGGACUCAUUGAGUCGUUAUGGCGUUAAGAAAGGUGAGGCGGGUGAUGGCAUGUCUGGUUUCAAGCUCUUGAUGGUGACCAUUAAUUUGCUGCGCAAACGGCGACAGAUUCUACUGCUGCCAAUUACGAUGUUUAUAGGUCUGGAAGAAGCUUUUCUAGCUGUGGACUAUACCAGGUCUUUCGUUGCUUGCGGCUGGGGAAUUUCAAAUAUUGGCUUUGCAAUGAUUUGCUUUGGUGUGGCCAAUGCUAUUGCUGCAGGCGUCGCUGGUGGCUUGGUGGAGAAAAUUGGACGUGUCAGCUUAGCACUUAUUUGUGCCUUAAUCAAUUUGCUGCUGCUUGGCUACAUGUCCUUGUAUACGGCUCGUGAAAACGAUUAUCUUAUGUACUGCGCUUUUGCUGCUGUGUGGGGAAUUUGCGACGGCAUCUGGCUGGUUGUUGUCAAUGCUUUCUAUGGUAUUCUUUUUCCCAAAGACCUUAUCGCAGCGUAUAGUAAUUUUCGUUUAUGGGAAUCGACUGGUUCUGUGAUUGGUUAUGUGAUCAGUUCGCAGCUUUGCACCUCCACGAAGUUGAUUAUACUUCAGAUUGUGCUCCUUGUAGGCUGCACAGGUUAUGGGCUCAUAGAGUAUCGAGUUUGGAAAAAGCAGAAGAGUCUAGAAAUUAUGUUGAGUGAUUAGCUUAGAAAAUAAAAGUAAUUGAGACAAUGCCAUUUUAUAUAAGAUUUGUUAUAAUUCAUUAAA